AAAUUAAAAGGUAAAUACAUAAAGCAAAACUCCCUCAUAUUCCACCCACUUUUCCCAUUUGUUAUAUUUUAUUAUUCUCCCACUCUAUUUCAAAACAUUUUCCACUCAAACCAACUUAACUUGUUGAAGAAUAAUAUGUACAUAUAUAAAUUACACAAACCAUAAACUACUUGAACACUAUUAUAUAAUCGUCCCUCGCUCUUCAUACUAAUAACUAACCAAAAGUUUUUAACAAAUGGGUUCUUGCAUUAGCAAAUGCAUACCACAAAACUCUCAUAAUUCUGAGAACCCGGCAACGUCGGAAGAAGAUGGUGCAAAGAAAUUGGAUCUAAUCCAAGACAAGCUGGUCAUAAUCUCACAAACCCCAACAACCACUAUUAAUACCAAACAACAAAAUAGUCCUCUAUACAAAAUCCCAAACAAAUUCUUACCCUCUCCACCAUCUCCUUCAACAUCUCAUACUCUUUCUACUAACUCCUCUCUUUCUUCCUUCACCACAUGUCCCUUUUCAACCAAAACGAUAUGUCGUAGCACCAGCACCAUCAGCAACAGCUGCAGCUCUAGCUCAACUGCGUCAUCGUCCUCUAAAGACAGGUCUUUCUCAAACGACUUCUUGUGGUCGUGCUACAAGGAAAAUCCCCACAUAAUCCGUAUCAACUCAAUCAAGCAGACCAGUACUUCAAACUAUAGCAACAAAACGACGUCGUUUCUUUCGCCUGAAAAUGUUCCUCCGGCAGCGCUUAAGAAGAGCUCGGUCUCUCAGAAGCGACUCCGAUCGAGUUCGCCGAGUAGUGUCGCCAAUGACUAUCAUCAUCUCACGAGACAGAAGAGCUUCCGCCGAGAUAUUCCUGAGAAAUCGAAACCUUCUGGUCCAAUUAUUAGCAGUAGUAGAAGACUAACCGCCUCGAGAUCUCCUUCUCCGAGUCGGAGAUUCAUCGGUACUAAUCCUGGUCCUAGAGGAGAUAACUAUAAAUUGAGUACUCACUCGAAGCGUACGGCUCCUAAUUAUUCUCUCGAUUCUUCCAGGCGUGUGAUGAAUGCUUUAGGUAAUUAUUCUGAUCAAACGACGACAUCGUAUUACUCAAGGAAGGAGAGGAGUACUACUAGUAGACCAUCAACUAGUCCAAAAGACAUCUCCAGUGGUGAUCGACCGAUACGAUCUAGUUUGAGGAAUCGAGAUCUGUCAUUAAAUAAUAACACCAUUAAUCAUCCAUGCGGUACAAAAAUUAACGGAGAUGCCAUGAUCAGUGACCAAGAAUUUGACUCUGUGUUACUAGAGGACAUUGAUAACCCUUUAAUCUCUCUGGAUUGUUUUAUUUUUCUCUAGAAACUUAUGUAUAUUUAUAUGUAUAAUGUGUGUAUGCAUGUAUUUUUUGGUAUGUUUGAUAUUUCUUUUUUCUUAUACAUUGAUCAGUUUGAUAUUAA